CAUAGUUCAAAAUUCAAACGCAGGCUCUUUAUCAAAGCAAAACUAUGGAAGUGGGGGAGGCGCUGUUGUCGCCUUUUAAAUGUAUUUUUAUUUUGUAUGGUCGGCACUGUCGGCAGCUACAGCAUCAAGGGCAGUUCUCUUGAAGUUCCCCCGACAACCACGUGGCAAAUUGGAUAAGGCUGCCCAUUUACGAGCUCCGACACCAGCAGUAGUUAUUUGGUUUAUCAACGACAACGGAAGGGAAUCUUGACAAGAUUGAAAGAUGCGUCAGUUGAAGGGAAAAGUGAAGGAGACGAACAAGCAGAAGAAAGAGCGCAAGAAGGAGUUCAUUGAGAACAAGGAAAAGGUUUUCACUGUGGUGGUGCCCGUCAUCGCCGGUCUGUUCAUGCUGCUCGUCGCCUUCGUGUAUUUCAAGACUAGGCCCCGGGUGGAGGUGGUGAUGGAUUCGUAAUGCACAUCUUUUGUCAUGGGGGAAAUUGGAUAUCUACUGCGAUAUAAAGACUAAAUUUUAAUUUUCUUGUUAAUCAACACGUCGUGUAUUGUGUUGUUAUUAAUUUAUGAAUUUUAUUACGUUUGCUAAACACAUAAUGUUAUGUGAUUAAUUUGGAUCUAUGUAUAUUUAUCUUAAAUUCUUAAAUUUCCAUUGAUGUGAGUACAUAUAUUUGUAAACAAUGGACGGAUAAAGGAUAAUUCUUUUGCACAGCAAAAAUAAUAAAAUCUAGUUUUUUCUGCAAGAUAACAGCCUUUCCAUUCUAAAUUAGAUAUCAAUAGGAAUAGAUUUUAUAAUUUGCAACGAGUAGAACUUUCUUAUGAAGGUGAGUGAUAAAGCCGAAGAAGCAGAGUGGGCAAAAUGGACUUCAUUAUUAUCAUAAAAUAUAUAGAAACUUAACUGAAAAAAAUAAGGUAAAAAGCAAAAAUUUACAUUUUUUCUUGUCGUUUUAAAAAUAAAAGGUUUUAUAUUUUAGCAUUUUUUUAUAAUUUUGGUCAUGAGAGUAGCUCUCGUUCUUAUUAAAAAGCACCCCCUUCUCCCUUCCUUUCCACUCCACUUCUCACCCAGCCCCAGGUUGAGUCAGUCAGUUGUUAGCCACCAGGGGAAUCGUAGAAGAUACGGCCCGCAGGCCGCCAUAUUUAAAAAUCCAGUUUCUCUAUGGGUUCCUGCCAUGAGAAAUUUAAAGCUCCCGCUCCGGUACAGCCAGGUACAGCUGAUCCUCCAUAGUUGCUGACAUUAGACACCAGACUGUUUUUUGUGGGCUGGACGGUAAACACAGACGUGGAGAUGUAAAACUGACGGAAAUAAUUUGGAAUAAGGGCUGCUAUACAUUGCGGUUGGAAAUUUCAAUGAGUCCAGGCUAUGACCUCACUGCCUAAAGACGUCGGCGAAAUCUGGUCGAGACUGUUUGAUCACAGGCCUUUCGUGCAAGGAGAGGUGAAAUUCUUCCUGAAGGAGUUCGAGG